AUGCCCGUGGAAUACCAAUCCUCAGAAGAAAGAGAAAGAAGAGACUGUUUUUUCGUGCCGCCUUAUUUCAAGGGAAAGAAUUCCAGAUGCUCAUCAGCUGGCGCACCUGCGUGUACUUCAUCCGCAAUACAGAGCCUUCCCCAGGCUUCAUUUGACAAAACACAGCUUACAAAGCUGUUAAUCGAUACCCUCCAUGAGAUGGGCUACACUGAGUCUGCUAAAACUCUUCAGAAAGAGAGUGGUGGCGUUAGAGUCGAGUCCGGUAGUGUGCAAAAACUAUUCUCGGCUGUCAGGUUGGGCCAGUUCGAAGAAAUAGAUUUGCAAAUGCUGGCAAAUCUUCCACUUAAAAAUAGAGCUCUCGGUACAUUACCAUUUCCCCAGAGCAACACACAUUCCUUCCAAGCAGGACAGGAAAACUCCGAGAGCACGACUGGCAAUGAAGACGAAGAAAACGCCAUGAAAAUUGAUAACAUCAUCUCCAAAAAUACCGACUGGUCUCGAUUUUUCACUAAUAUGCAAAAUGAGCAUAAAAUUCUAGAAUCCGUGGUUCAGGAAAUGGGUGACUUGGAUGCGCCGGCGCUUUCCGGGCUUCUUGACAUGAUCGAAAUUUUGGUUUUAAUAAACAAGCAGGUUUUCUUGGAGCUGAUGUUCGAUCAACAGGAGUCGUCACUUGCAGUUCUCUUCCUUAGAACCGUCUUCAGAAAGUUUAUCCAGCUUUGGGAGGUCAUACUCAUGUCUCAGGAGAGUACAUACGCGUUGACUCCCGAUGCAUUACUGAAGCAAAUGACAAGUGUCUUAACUAGUCCUCUCAAUUUAGCUGAAAUGUCGGACGUGUGGCCUGGGAGCGUGGAGCGAGCAAGACAGACAUUAAUAGAUUCAAUAUCGAACUACGUGGAUCCUAAUGAACUAGUGCCUCGUGGAAGACUUCUCACGCUGCUCAGUCAGGCUAUAAAAUACCAAAGCUCGCAAAACUUAUUGAACUUUGAGGACGAAGAUGACGAAAACAGUUUCAUCCAAGAAGGUGCAAGUACCUACAACUUGCUACAAGAUAAUGCUUCAAGUUCUAAUCGUAUCAAUUUUCAGUUUGAGAUACAGCUUUGCUUUUCGGUGGGUGAAAUAUGGUACCUAGAGUUUUCACCCGAUGGCAAGUACUUGGCCGCAGCCUCAGCCGAUUCAUCGACCGAUCAGAAAGUUCAUAUAUAUGAUGUUGAAAACGAAUUCCGCGUUUACAAAAUACUUGGAGGUAAUGACCAAUGUGUCUUAUAUCUUUCAUUCUCUCCAGAUAGUCGGUACCUUGUAUCAUGCCCUUUCAACGAAGAAGCUAAGAUUUAUGACAUUCACAAAAAGGGCGAACCUAGCGAUAUUAACUCGGAGUUUGACGAUGAUUCAGCACCUGCUGAGAUAAUUCAGCCGGAGGACUCUUUUUCAUUAUCAAGUGAUGAAACUUCUGGAACUACCGCUGCCCCAAGAAUCUGGUGUUGCAGCUGGUUUCAUACAGAGAGAAAUAAGGGUCGUUUUGCCCUUGGAUCUCCAGACCGCGAUGUCAUAAUUUAUGAUCUUGGCACAAAGUCCAUAAUCUCAAGGUUAUCUCGAGUGACUAAUGCAACAGCAGCCUCAUCGCACGAGCAAUUUCCGAGAGUCCAUGAUCUUAAAAUAACUCCUGAUGAUAGGUAUUUGAUUCUAAUGGCACACGAAUUCUUUGUCGACGCCUAUGACAUAUCGCAGCUUCCCCCAGUAGGGCGCCAAGGAGAGUUGCCUGCUGAUUUAUCAAGCUUUCAUUUGUCUAGAGUAUCUCGUUUGAACGUCGGUAAGCGAAUGACCUGCCUGACAAUUCCUCAAACAAAAAGCUCUGAAAGCGCGCUAAACUCACUAGUACUUAUAAAUGUUCAGCCGCACGAACUGCAAUUGUGGGAUUUCAAGGAGCAGAUUCUUGUUCAGAAGUACUUCGGGCAGAGGCAGUUGCAGUUUAUCAUCAGGUCCUGUUUUGGGUAUGAAAACAAAGUUAUAGCUAGCGGGUCAGAGGAUGGAAAAAUAUAUGUUUGGGACAGAAUUCAUGGAAACAUCGUAGGUGUCAUCAAUGGCCAUACAUCCGAGCGCGAUCCACCACCAAAUACUGCCAACACAUUUGGAAGGAACUGUAACAUUGUCGCAUGGAAUCCUGCCAACAAAAACAUGUUUGCUUCUGGGGGCGACGAUGGUAGCAUCAAAAUAUGGAGCGUGGGCCAUAGCUGA